AUGCCGGUGCCAGAGACCACGUCGACUGCUUUGACCGGCUCUCAGUCGAGCCAAGUGUGCGUGGGCGCAGCGACGGGCGAUCUCUCGCUCUCGCAGUCCAUCUCUGCAUCCGCUUCGGACCUGAAGCGUCCUGAUUCGGCUGCUUCAUCCAACGACGAGAGUCAGCUACUCUCCAGAACAAAGACGGCCAAGUCGCACUAUGGCAAAGCAGCGCGGGCCUUUCUGGCCAAGGAUGUCCAGACCGCAUUGCUUCAGAGCCAGCAUGCGGCAGACUUGCUCUCCUCGUCGAACCACCUGGGAAGCAGCUUGACAGCCUCAGCACUGCUCAACGGUGCCGACCUGGAUCUCCAAAAGCUUGUCGAGAAGGUCGCCAUCCUUCGUCUCACUGUGUUCACCCAGGUCUACACGGAUAGCCAAGUCGCUGGCAGUGUCCGCGACAAGCUGGUGCAGGUCCAAAAGCACUCUCGGUCGGACGCUGCAGCCAUCGAUCGUAUUCUGCUCCUCCUAGCCAAGCAGCCGCCGAGCUUGAUCAGCCACCUGUGGUUUGAAGCACUGCGACUAUGCACGCAGACGUCUGGAGAGGCAGAUGCACCGUCGCUCGAUCCUACACCUGAAACGAUUCACCUGGCGGUCGAGUUGCCUGCCUCGGUCGUUUCGUCUGCUGUGCUCGCAGCACUCCGCUUGGACGCGCUCAACCCCGCCGCACGUACAGGAACGAACGCGGCGCGUUUGAUCGCCGAAUGGUACCUGGCGUCAUUUUCCUCUGCGUUCGGUGCUGCACCUCCUUCGCCCAAGGCAGCCGCCGCCUACGAAAAGAUUGUGGGUCUGUACUCGCUGCAUGUGCUUGCCUCGCGUCUAGGCGAGUGGGAGUACGCACGAGAAUUCGUAGGCUAUUCGAGUUUGGCCGAUUCGAACAAGUUUGAUCUGCUCGAGCAGAUCAACGAAGCACAGACGCAUCUUACCGGUCAGACCGAGAGGGAGCAGGCGGCUAUGGCGAGUGCACAAAGGACGUAUGCGCAGGAAUUGGCCAAGCGGCAAGAAGAAGAGAAGCAUGCCAAGGAGGCGGCAGCAGCUUCUGCUUCCGGUGGCAAAGGGUCCAGCAAAGUGGGGGGCAGAGCGCGCGAUCUGGCUUCGGGACUUGGCAGCUUCUUGACUGGAAACAAGGACGUUUCCUCUGAGACCCUCUCAUCGUCGGCAGCGGGCAGCAAGACCAGUGCAAGCUCACGUAGCAGCUCUCACGCCACUGGCGAAUCGCCAUCGAGCUCAUCGGGCUCUGGAUUCGAGGUCGGCUCACGAUCACGUCGACAACGUAGCCAAUCACCUACCUACUUUUCGCCGCGCAACGGUGCGACUGCCGAGUCCAGUUCGUCUUCGUCCACCAGUCCCGUCAUUUCUCCCGGUCCGACGCGCAGUUCGGCUUCGUAUGCAGCCAAGGACGAACCAAAAUCGGAACGCCAUUCGCUGCAUCGUACGAGCUCGUCGCGUUCAUCGGACUACGACGGCGGAAAUGAGAGUAGCACAUCGGCCGCUUCGAAUCACUCUCGUCGGUCGACACGAAGCAACGGUGCCGAGACUGCUGCUACCAACGCUAAAGAACAGCGGUUCAAGGAUGACACCGGUUACGCAUCGACGCGUGCGCACCUGUCGAGGUACAUGGAAGGCUACCAUCGCUCCGACGUGAGCUCAAGCUCGUCUUCGAAUCAAAAAAAGCCUGAAAGAGAAUUAACGUCGAGCAGCUCAUCUUGGAUUCUGUCCACCAUCACGACCCUGUUUGAUUUGCGCAGGAAGAACCAGACCAGGACGUGGCUCGCGUCGGCGAUGGUAAUGAUGCUGGUGUUUUACCGCAUUGCACGUCGUGCUCCGGCACAGUCUGCGGCUACGAGGACAAGCGGCAGCGGUACGAGGAGGAAUGCUGCUGCCAGAGAUGCGAGGAGCAAGCUGGUAGGCAAGCGCAGCUCGACGGGUGGAAGCAUGAUCGGGUUGGAUUGGCUGUUUGUAAUUUGGAGAAAGGUGAUGGACACGAUCAAGAUGGGCACGCAGGUGACCUACCUUUGA